UCUCAAAUUGAACAUUUGAAACCAAUCUUCGUCCCCCUCCUCGCAACCAACUCUCAUUCCAAUCCACUAACUUUCCUUUCGCCUGACCAAGAGGAGUUAGUGCUCUUUGGUGGUGGUAUGGCGCGUGGAUCGCCACGAGCUGAUAUCAGUCGCCCUGGAAAGCGGUCGAGUCCUGAUCUUAGCGUGAACGAUGCUGGUGGCAACGUGUGCGAGUUGUCGUCUGACGACUCAGCGCAAGCAGGUUCGCCGCCUGAACCUUCAUUGACAACGAGGGGACCGGCGCAGAGUGUCGCACGACGCAGCUGUGCGGUAGAACCGCUGCCAAAACAGUCGCGCGAACCUGUUUUUGCCUCGACUAAAAAACCGUCGCUUCGAACAGCAGCGACGAUCCGGAAGGGGGGGACGCGUAUUGCGGCUGGAGGGGAGCGGACAGAGGGAGGCGACGAGGCAAGCAAACGCGCGGAAGCGGCGCAAGCGCAGAGAAAGAGCGGGCAAGCGUCGGAAGGUGGCGCGCAGGUGGAGCGCGGUCGGCUGCUGAGCCUGGCGUCGGAGUGCGGCUUCCGACACGACGACGCGGUCAGGUGCCUGCAGCGCAUCACUGACGCCUAUGGCGACGAGGGUGAGAGCUUCGUCACAGUCGAGUCGUGCGGGGACGAGUUUCUCGCCAUGCUCGCUGACCUGGCGGAUGAGGCUGACGACGCGGCGGACGCGGAAGCGGAGUGUGCCGACCUGGAAGAUCUCGGCUACGUGGCUGUCGAGCUGGAUGACGACGAUGCUGACGAGGCAGCCCUACUGGAGGCACGGCUGUGGACAGGGUUAGGCGGUAUGGGAGAUCUAGGUGGCACGAGAGGGAGGGAGAGCGGUUCAACGCGGGGAAGAACGGUGCAGGGAGGGGAUGAGGAGCGAGUGUGGGCGGAAAGCGGUCCUGCUAUGGCUGGUGGCGCCGUGGGGGGGUUGAGAGGAGGGACGGAGGCGGUGGGCCAGGAAAGUGGGGCAGCAGCAGAGAGAGAUUGGGGAGGAGAGGAGGCGGGGGCGGAAGCGGAAGGGAGGGGCGAGUGGGAGAGGCAGAGGUGGGCGUGGGAAGAGGUGGGGGAGGCCAUGGAUCUGGGGCUGGAGGACGAUGGGCAGGCCGACGGGUGGUCCUGGCUGCAGCAACAGCAGCAGCAGCAGCAGCAGCAGCAGCAGCAGUUUGAGGGCACACCAUUCGGGGAAAGGCAAGGGUCUGCAUCAUCAGCAGCAGCAGAGGGCACGAGGGAAAGAAUUAGAAGAGAUGGACCCAAUCACCAGGCCUACACUACUCCUCCCGCACACAUCCCCCAUCCUAUACCAUCCCCUUCUGCUCCCCCUUACCCCUCUCCUCCCGCUCCGCCUUCUCACCCCUCUCCGUCCAAUCUCUCCCAUCACCGCUCUGCACCGAGUCACGCCCUGCUGUACCACGAGGCGCUGCAGCUGGACCAGGUGGAGCUAGUGGGCGCAGCAGUGUUCGGGCACAGGCGGCUGAGGGAGGGGCAGAGGGAGGCGUGUGAGGCUGCUCUUGCGGGUCGGGACUGCUUCGUGCUAAUGCCGACUGGCGGGGGGAAGAGCCUCUGCUACCAGCUCCCAGCAGUGCUAUCCCGCGGUGUGACAGUGGUGGUCUCCCCACUGCUCGCGCUCAUCCAGGACCAGGUCAUGGCGCUCGUGCACCACCACGCCGUCCCCGCCGCCUUUCUCUCGUCGGCGCAGACCGCGGCGCAGGCGGCGGCAGUGGCGCGGGAGCUGCGCAAGGGCGUGCCGUCGUGCAAGCUGCUGUACGUCACGCCCGAGAAGCUCAUGGGUAGCCCCGCGCUGCAGGGGAUCCUCAGGAGACUGCACGCCAGGGGCAUGCUGGCUCGCUUCGUGGUCGAUGAAGCCCACUGCGUGAGCCAGUGGGGGCACGACUUCCGCCCAGAGUACCGCCAGCUGGCCUCCCUGCGCGCCCUCUUCCCGCGCACGCCCUUCCUCGCUCUCACGGCCACGGCCACGCCUGCCGUGCAGCGCGACAUCAUGGCCGUGCUGCGCUUCGCCCCGUCCGCCGCGCUCAUCUCGCUCUCCUUCGACCGCCCCAACAUCGCCUAUGCAGUGCUCCCCAAGCACCCCACGGACCCCCUCGCGCAGAUCGCCAAGCUCCUCGCUGCGUCCUUCCCCCCGCCCGCCCCCGGCAUCAUCUACUGCCUCUCCAAGCGUGAGGCCGAGACUGUUGCCGAGUACCUCCGCUGCCCGCCGCACCUGCGCCUGAGUGCCCCCAGUGGUGGUGCUGGGGGGGGGGAAGAGGGGGAGGAGGUCUAUGAGGAUGAGGAAGGCUUGGGCAGGGGAGAGGGGGGAGGAAGCUGGGAGGAGGAGGUAGGAGGGGGGGGGAUAUCGGCGGAGUGCUACCAUGCGGGGAUGGGCAUGCGGGAGCGCGUGGCUGUGCAGGCGAGGUGGAAGGAUGGGCGCACGCGGAUCAUCUGUGCUACCAUAGCUUUCGGCAUGGGCAUUGAUAAGCCGGAUGUGCGCUUUGUGCUGCACAGCAGCAUGUCCAAGUCGCUGGAGAAUUUCUACCAGGAGUCCGGCAGGGCGGGCAGGGACGGCCUUCCAGCCACCAGCAUUGUGCUCUUCGCGCGACGGGACUUCUCCCGCGUCGCCUGCCUGCUGCGCCGCUCCGCCUCCUCUGCUCGCGGCGGCAGGGGCGCGGCCGCCAGGGCUGCCGUGGCGCGGCGGAUGCAGGAGGAGAUGAAGCGCGCGCGCGAGAUGGUGCAGUUCUGUGAAGACAAGUCCAAGUGCCGGCGGCAGCAGCUGCUGAGCUACUUUGGGGAGCAGCAGCCGGGCGUCACUUGCCCCCCCCACACCAACCCCUGCGACCACUGCCUCCACUCACUGCCCCAUGCUGCCACUGCCUCCAACCCCACCCCCACUCCUGCUGUUCCAACCACACCCACACCCACUGCCCCACCCACUACCACUGCCACUACCUCUGCUGCUCGUGCUGCCCCUGCCGCCGGCAGUGGUAAGGGUACCAGAGGGGGCAGCAGCACAGGGGGUGCUGCUGGUAGGAGGGGCAAGCAGCCAAGGCAAGGGGUGAGGCGCCAGCAGAGGAAGAAGCACAAGGGGUGAGGGAGGGUGCUCCUCUGCUAUGGCUGCACCCUACCUCUAUCUAAUACAAAGAACCAAUUGGGAGGGUGCUCUGACAAAGCCAAGGGGGGCGUGUGUGGAGGAGAAAGCUUGUUAGCAGGAGGGAGUUCGCUCUGAGAAAGCUAUGCAAGUCGUCGCCCUCACCACUGCUGUGCUACAGGAGCCUUGUUGCUGCCUUGGAGUCUCAGCUCAACGCUCAGUAGAGCAGUGGCAGAGAAGUGCGUAUUUCUCUAAACCGGGAUCAGGACCAGACUCGUGGUUCUGUGCGGUGCAACGUGUUGGAAUCACAUUUUUGUGCGGUUCCUUUUGAUUCUGCGUGUUUCUGCAAUCCCGUUCCCGGUUCAUAGGAAUACGCGCUAAAUGCUGAGCGGUUCUGUGGAUCUGACAGCUGAGAGACAUCUCUCAACCGGCACUUGGGUAAAGUGCUACAGUCAA